UUCUCUUUUUCUCCACCAUAUUUCAGCCCUCUCUUGCAUGACCUAGAUCUAGAUCUAGUCUAGUUCUUAGUGUGCCCGCUGUGUUGUAGGCCGACAAGCGCGCGCGUUGUUGUCAUUGGAUUCUUUUAGCCCAUUUGGUGUACGAUGACGUUUGCAUCACAGAUUUUACCACUGGAAAUUUAAUUCUCGACUAGAAUCUAGAUCUAAAUCUAGAUCAAGUGAUAUCAAAAACAUUUCUUGUGUUAUUAUAGGAUUACCAACAAUUUGAUCUUGCAUGAAGUGGUUCAGUUGUUAAACUCGUUAGACAUGUAGACUAGACUUAAAAGUGUGCAUUUUCGUCCGACUGCUCUGUACUUCAGUGGAGAUAAUUUUUAAUUAUAAUUAAUAAUUAAGCUUGUUGAUUACGCAUAUUUCCCUUUUGGAUUACUAUUCUAGAAUCUAGAGCGUAAAUCUAGAUUCUAUAAAUCUACAUUAAAAACCAUGUCGUCUGCGUACCAUUAUGUCGCCGACGGCGAGGUUGUGGAUGGUUCAUGGGAGCUGAAUAUUCUCGUCACGGAUUUACAGCUGGAGAGAACUUUACGAGUAAUGGGCGACACCCAUAUUGGAGGUGUUAUGGUCAAACUGGUUCAGGCUUUAGAUAUUGCACUUGAUUGGUCAGAUCAUGCACUGUGGUGGCCAGAGAAAAAUAAAUGGCUUCACCGUGCCCGGUCCACUCUUGAUCAAUAUAAUGUCCAGGCAGAUGCUAAGCUGCAGUUCACGCCAAUGCACAAAAACCUGAAGGUCCAGUUGCCAGACCUCCAGGUGCUGGAGCUAAGUGUGGACUUCUCCAUCAAGUGUUUCACUGCUGUGGUGCAGACAUGUAAAGAAUUAGGAAUUCGUCAUCCAGAGGAGAUGUCAUUUAUGAGAAAAUGGGAUAGGGAUGACCUAAAGAAAGUGGCAAAGGAAGUCCACAAAAGAAAAAAGCGUGGUGACCCUGACCAGAAUGGUCCACUCAGCUCCAAUGGUACACAUCAUAACUCAUCAGGGAGCAUAGAAGGGGGAAAACUCAGCCCAUAUCCAAACAGAAGUCCCAUGGGUCCAUCACCAACUAGCACUUUGGCCAGGCCAGGGAACACUUCCUACAUGUCCACAUCCAGUUCAACCUACAACACUUUCAAUGGGACCAUGUCACCUGGCUCCAUCAGUAAUCUGGCCUUUGAAAAUGUCUGGGAAAACUCAUUAGCCAACUCACCCCAUAUGCCAACAAAGGAUGCUAGCCAAUACUUGUACAGGCCUAGAAACUUUGCAGAGAAGGCUAGAAUCAAUUGCGCGUGGCUUGACUCCUCCACCUCACUGAUGGAACAAGGCAUUAAAGAAAAUGAUUUCAUUAUGCUCAAGUUCAAGUUUUAUAACUAUUACGACCUCAACCCUAAGUAUGAUGCCAUAAGGAUCAACCAGAUUUAUGAACAGGCCAAGUGGUCACUCAUCUCUGAGGAAAUAGAUUGUACUGAGGAAGAGAUGAUGGUGUUUGCUGCUCUCCAGUACCAAGUGAGAAUACAGUCUGGCCAGCCCCAGCCUGACUUUGACCUGACCCAAAACAACCAAUCAGAAGACGAUGAAAUUGAUGCUGCUCUUAAAGACCUUCAGGAGUCUCUAGAGGGGUCGGCCAUUUCCUCUCAUGGUGACAUAACUCACAUACCUGAGUUAUCAGACUACAUCAGAGUUUUCAAACCAAAAAAGUUAACACUAAAAAGUUACAAGAGGUACUUUGCUACAUUCAAAGACACUUUCAUAGCAUUCUAUCGCAGUAAGGAGGAGUCUCAUGGUCCUCCGGUCAUGGCAAAGAUUGAUGUUAGGGGUUGUGAAGCCCAGCCAGAUGUCAACUUGUCCUCUCACAAAUAUGGCAUCAAGUUGUUUGUUCCUGAGCCAGAUGGCAUGAGUGAGAUUUGUCUGAGAUUUGACAUGGAAGAUCAUUAUUGUCGCUGGAUGGCUGCCUGUAAACUGGCCUCCAAGGGUAAAACAAUGGCUGACAGCUCUUACGAAGCUGAGGUCCAGGCUCUGCAGUCUUUCCUUGGCCUUCAGCACACGGCCGUCUCACCCUCCUCCCAGUCUUCUCAGGGCUCUACAGCCAUUGAGAUACAGCCAGAGGACUACAUCGCAGCUAGAUUUUUCAAAAAGCUCAAAGGCAAACCUCUUGUCAGUAGAAUAAUGGAAGCCCAUGCCAGUGUCCAGGACAUGUCUUUGAUUGAAUCAAAACUAGCCUACAUCAAAGCUUGGCAGUCUUUACCUGAGUAUGGCAUCACCUACUUUAGAAUUAAAAUGACCAAUAGCAAAAAAGAAGAGUUGAUGGGUGUGGCUUGUAACCGAAUCAUCCGUAUGGAGCUGAGCAGUGGGGACUCCCUCAAGACUUGGCGCUACAACACCCUGCAGUCCUGGCAUGUCAACUGGGAGGUGGAGAAUGUCAUUCUGGACUUUGACACAGAGAAAGUCAUGUUUGCCUCCAUGGAGUGCUCUUGUAAAACAAUUCAUGAAUUUAUUGGCGGCUACAUCUUCCUCUCAAUGAGGUCGACAGAUAAGAACCAAUCGUUGAAUGAAGAAAUGUUCCACAAAUUGACAGGAGGCUGGCAUGAGUGACCUGGGCCGUGAGUGACCUGGGCCGUGAGUGACCUGGGCCGUGAGUGACCUGGGCCGUGAGUGACCUGGGCCGUGUUUGCUUUCACCUGUCAGGGCUGGCAGGAGCCAGAGCUUAAGUAGCAGCUUAGCUGUGAGUUAAGGUGUCCUCAUACCCAGGCUAACAGGCUGUGUACACUUGUAGCCAGACUUGACACAGAGCACCCUUACACAGAUAGCUGUAACAAGAAAAACUUCUAUGUUUCUAAUGUUUCUUUGUAUGCCAGUAGAGGCUUGUCCCAUUCAGUCAAACUUGUGUUUAUGUCCUGGUGCUAUUAUUAAGAGCCAAUGGAAAAUCACUUUACAUUUAAUGGUAGUAGAGUCUGAUGGUUGCUAAGUAUUCUUAUUGCCUAUGCCACUAAAUAAUUAUGCAUAAUUUUCUUUCACUUACAAACAUUUUAAUAUGCAAAUUGCCUUACAUUUUUUGUUUUAAAUUGAUUUACAAAAAUGAAGCAAUUCUAUUAUGUUAUGCCUAACCUGUUAUAUUAGUCCCUUCUGGUAACAUGGGUUGGUGUGUGGGUCAGUACACAUGGGUCAGUGUGUAGAUCCUGUGUAUGGGUCAGUACACAUGGAUCAGUGUGUAGAUCCAGUGUAUGGGUCAGUACACAUGGGUCAGUGUGUAGAUCCUGUGUAUGGGUCAGUACACAUGGGUCAGUGUGUAGACCCUGUGUAUGGGUCACUUGUUGGCCGUGUCAUAUUGUUUUCUAUGUUUAUCAGCAAUGUAUCACCCAGUGAAUGAUAUCAAUGCUCUUAUUUCACCUUCUGUGAUAUGACCUUUAACCUGGCCUGUAGAUCAAACUUGUACCUACAGUGGAACCAGCACAGCAGUUUUGUUUACUUUGCUACAGUAGCUGUACACAGAGAGAUGACAUGUGAGUUAGGGCUAGUCCACAAAUAUACUUCUUCAACAUUUUACUCUAUAGACCAAAUGUUGCUCCUAAAAAACCAAUGUGUUCUGGGAGAAAAAAUAUUGGCUGGAUGGCAUUAUUUGAGCCUCCAGCAGCCUGCCAUGUAGCACAUCAUCAGCCUAGGUGUCAUGCCAUACCAGAAAGAUUGUAUUUGACUCACUGAAGCUUUAAUUAUGGUGACCAAACUAGAAGAGAUACAAUGUUGUCAUGUGACACUUAGAAGUUUCUUGGUUGAGAGUUAGUCAAGGACAUGACUUGUUUAAAUAGCAGUCAUGUGACUGGUGGUAGUCAUGUGACAACUUUAGACUGGUGCUACUAGUUGAUUGUAAUAGAAAUUAUCCCCAAUUAGAGGAGAUAUAAGUUGACUGUAAUUUUAUGUAAUUUAUUCUUAUAAUGUGUACAGUUAUUUAUUUAUUCUUAUGAUUGAACUGGGCAUGUAGCUUAGCCAGCUGAUGUGUAGCUAGCAACCUGCCUUAGGAUUAAGGUAAGCUGAGAGUCUGGCUUAGGAUUAUGGUUAUCUGACAGCCUGGCUAAUGUGUUGACUUGUAAAUUAUUGUAACCACUGUCAGUAAUGAGUUUAUGAGAGAUGAAUUGACUGCAUUUCUCUAUUGCAUGUGUUAGACUGUAUCUAGUUUUCUUUAGCAACCACGGACCAUGCAUACAGAUGUCAAAUUGUAUUCAGCUAUUAUUACUAUUCUAUCCAUUUAUUUUACAGCUAUACAGCAGAUUAAAUCAUGCUUACAACACAAUCAGUUUGAUAUAUUAUUUGGCCACAUUGUUGUAUUAUAUAACUUAAUCCUUAGAUAGUCAUGAAAUAUCUAGAGAUAUCUGUCAACACCCUAGAAUGUGGAGGAAAUAAUCAAUCACUUGGUUAGAGCACAACAUUAUGUGUGACACCACUUUAGUAGUCUGACAAUCCACUCUGUGACACUCCACUCUAUGAGCUCUGUGACACUCCACUAUACAAGGUUUGUGACACUCCACUAUACAAGGUCUGUGUCACUCCAUUCUGUGACACUCCACUCUACAAGGGUCUGCGACACUCCAUCAUACUAUAUAAUUUGGUCCUCUGCCACACAGCUGUGACAAGUGACCCACCUCCACACUGUCAUGUGACAAGUGACCCACCUCCACACUGUCAUGUGACAAGUGACCCACCUCCACACUGUCAUUUGACAAGUGACCCACCUCCACACUGUCAUGUGACUUAAGGACCUCAGAGAAUGAACUAAUAAAAAAAGUUCAAUCUGCUACACUAGUUAGAUAGAGGUGACUGACUGCAGUCUGUAUAUCAAUAUUUUGUUUAAAAAUUACAGAAGUUUCCUUGGACGCUGUUCAGUAAAUGAAACCAUCAUUGAAGGAAUGAACAAAAAUAAUUCAUUGGCUAUCACGCUGUCUAGGCCACCAAGUCACUUCUUGUUUAAGCUAGAAACACAUUUUCCUAGUGCUUCUUUUACAUUCUUAUCCACAAGAAUUUUGAAAAGGCUGUUCUAACCAUAAAGUAAAAUGAAACCAGAUUUCUUAUGAAAUUAUAUCCUAAAUGACUCAAGGAUUGAAGUGAAAGAUUUAAGACCUGAUUUUUCUCACAGCUUAGCUCUAGUUAUCAGUAGGCCAAAAUAAAUUCAUUAGAUCUGUUAACCACAUCCUAUUGAUAAUAUUGUUGGAACCUACUAGAAAUAAUAAACAGAUGUAUAAAGCUUUAGAUUGCAUUGAACUCUUCAAUCAGCUGCAUGUCUUCUCAUGUUGUGGAAUUAAAUGUGUCUUUUACAUUAAAUGUCUUUUAACUUAAUUACCGUCUAUAAAUAAAAAUGUU